AUGGAGCACAAUGCUCUCCCAGAAGGUCCUCAGCCCCUGCCACCUCUUGGGGAGGCAGCUCUGUUGCAAACUGAAGGUAUAGGGACACAGCAAUUGCUCCCCAGAUGGAAAGGGCACCAAACCUCCCCUGACCUCUUUGGCUGCUAUCAAGCUUAUUUGUUGCAUCCUUUGACUAUCCCUGAUGCCAAUGCUCCAAUGGCUCAUGUUCUUCCCUCAUCCCUUAGUUGCCCAUUAAAUCACUCUCAAUCAGUCAGAGAAAUUAUCCAACCAUGCCCCAAUCUGUCUGUUUACUAUGUUCAGCAACACCACUGGCUCAAAGGUAGCACAAAAUCUCUUACUGACCAGGACUUUCUUGUCAAGGAGGUUAUGCUCCACCUGGAUUUCAGUUUGGCCAACUUGGUUGGUGUCAACUUACAAGAAAUUGACAACCACCUUGCUGAUGCUGCUUGCAACUGGGACCCAAACUGUCCACUUGCAGAGGGGUGGAAAAAUACUCCAAUGGUCCUUGAAGUCCCAUGCCUUUGGAGCCAACUUACUCAAGAUCCAUUUUAUCUUGAAGUUUCUGGCCUUUGUGCCUGUAGUCUCUUGGACAUUAUGCAGAAGGCCUCUUUGUCUAACAAUAAUUCAACUUUUCACUACAAGCCAUUCCAUGAGUACUAUAAACCACCCAAUACUCCCUACUCAACCCCAUGGCCUAUUUUUGGUGAAAUGUACACUUCAGCAGCAAUGAAUCAAGCACAUUGUGAGGUCCAAACAGUUCAAAUUUCCAAUAAAGGCUGCACCCUCCCAUGCUGUGUUGCUGCAUUCAUGUUCUCAUCUGAUGGCAUGCAAUUUGCCCAGUUUUUGCAGGUCAAAGAAUGGCCAAUAUUAUGUGAUUUUGGGAAUGAGAGUAAAUAUGAGAGAUGCAAGCCCACCUCAAAUACCUGUUACACUGAGCAGCAAAAGUAUUGCAGGUCAGGAGAGGUCAAAAGUUUAUCUCCAUUGCUGAGCAGCCAAUCAGCUACCCUCAACAACCAUGACAGUAGCAUUACCAACCUUGACACCCUCAUUGUUAAACUUGGGGCUGAUAUUGCCAAGAUAGGCACCACUGCUGCUUCUGGUUCCUCCUUUGCCUCAGCUACCAAGGCCCCUAAACUUGCAACGCCAGACAAAUUUGACAGGAUUUCAUAUCCUGGCUCAACAGUGGAUGAGCAAAUUGCUUUUAUCAUUACCUGCCUGGAUGGCAAGGCCCAUGAGUGGCUUGAGCCCUAUCUGGAAGAGGACAUUGUUAAAGGGAAACCUGUUUCUUGGCUCCACAAUCUGGAUGCCUUCUGGCUGCAAUUCAAUGCACACUGGAAUGUCCAAAAUAGGACUGAGAACUUCUGUGCCAAGUUGCACACCCUUAAACAGACCAAGGGAGUCCAAGACUAUUACAAGGACUUCCAGACCUAUUCUCAAGGUCUUGGCUACAACAACCCCUCUCUCAGGGAUAUGUUCUAUGAUGGCUUAUCCCACAAAAUUAAGGAAACUCUCAUGGUUCAAGAUUAUGACCAUGCAGAUGCCUCUGUUACUCUUGCAACUCUUGCAGAGAAGGCCCUUAAGGUGGAUCAACACCUAGAGCAGUUUGCAGCCCAGCACAAGGGCUCAUCUUCCUCUUCAAACCAAUCUGGAAGCAAAUCCAGCACCUCUAUGUCAGCAGCAGCCCAGGGAGUGCCCAGGGAUAAACUGUCUGUUGGGGAACAGGUGUAUGCAAUUGUGGAUGGAAAGGCUAAGAAGGGGGUCUUACAAAAAGUUGGCCAAAAUGCCAAAGGGAUUGCAGUUCCAAUUGUAAAAUGGAAUGAUGGCACUACUAAGGAUGUUACCUUCAAAACUCUCAAGAAGGAUAACCACCCAGUCACUGCCACUUCCACUCCUGCUCCCAAGGCUUCCUCCUCCUCCUCCUUGCACAACUCUGGUCUUUCCCCUAUGGACUUAGACUCUGCCUCUUCAAAAGGCAAAAAACCAAUUAUAUGCACAACAUGUGGAGGUAGGGGACACUAUGCCAACCAAUGCCCCUCCAAAUCCUACUCUGGCCAUGAAGCCCACAUCUCUGAGGAUGAGUUGGAAAAUUGGGACCUCUGA